CAAACUACUCGCUGAAAACAGCUGUUUUUGCUCCUUGGUCACGUGACGGAUGUGACUCCUCCGGCCUCAAAGCCGAACGUCACUGGCAGUUUGGAGCGGCUCGUUUUAGGUGCUGAAAUCGCCGUAUCUACGAACAAGUUGUCGUGCUUUGUGAGCAAGAAAACUCCCUCUAUCCAUGGCCAGCAGCAGCCAGGAGGCCGAGACCCCUGAGAUCCCACAGGAGAGCCGGCGCCUCAGCAUCCAGCGCUGCGUGCAGUCACUGCUGCAUGCCUGCCAGUGCCGCAACGCCAACUGCUCGCUGCCGUCCUGCCAGAAGAUGAAGCGCGUGGUGCAGCAUUGCAAAGGCUGCAAGCGCAAGACCAAUGGCGGCUGCCCCGUGUGCAAGCAGCUGAUUGCGCUCUGCUGCUACCACGCCAAGCACUGCCAGGAGAACAAGUGCCCUGUGCCCUUCUGCCUCAACAUCAAGCACAAGCUGCGCCAGCAGCAGCUGCAGCACCGGUUGCAGCAGGCGCAGAUGAUGCGCCGGCGCAUGGCCACCAUGCAGUGCCAAAGACGAAAACUAAAACAAGGAUAAUCUCUUUUAUAAAAUCAUGCAAGUUAUUAUUAAAAAAAUGCUUAAACAGCUAAUUUCUUGCUCAUAUACCAUAUUGU